AUGGUCUUAAUGGACAAACACACCGCCGGAACCGCUAAUAAUGUCUUCGCUAAUAACAAGAGUAAUAACAAGAAACACAUGUAUAAGAAACGAUCGGUACGACAGCCGGGGCUCGUCCGGAGUCGGGGCCGUCAUCGGGUGCCCAACGCUCUCAAGUCUGACCAGAAGUAUACCAUUAACUACUCGUUUGACGACAACAGCAGCCACUCUUCGGUCAGCAAUAUUAGCGCCAAUUUUGACCGCAAUUUGCUGUCCAACUGGAGUUUCCCGCAACGGAUCCAUCAGUUUUACGCGUCCAAAGGGAUCACCAAAUUGUUUGAUUGGCAGGUGGAGUGUCUUAACAUGGAUGGUGUGCUGGAGGGCCGGAAUCUGGUGUAUUCUGCGCCCACGAGUGCCGGCAAAACAAUGGUCUCCGAUAUACUGAUGUACAAGAAGUUGUUGGAACACAAGAAGAAGGCGAUCGUUAUAUUGCCCUUCGUUUCGGUCACUCAGGAGAAGGUGUUUACGUUGAAGCGUGUGCUGCGGGCGGUGGGCGUCAAUGUGGACGCCUUCGCGGGCGGUGUCAAUCCUCGCGGAGGUCUGGCCCGAGUCGAUGUGGCCGUCUGUACCAUCGAAAAGGCCAAUAAUAUGAUUAACAAACUCAUUGAAGACAAUAAACUGAAUGAAAUCGGUUUAAUAGUCGUCGACGAACUGCAUAUGAUUGGGAACAACAGUCGAGGCUUUCUUCUGGAACUACUGUUGACGAAAGUGUUGUAUUUGAAGAGCAAAAUGGGACACGAGAUACAGAUCGUGGGUAUGUCGGCGACGAUACCCAAUCUGGACGCCAUUGCCAAGUGGUUGAACGCCGCUCUCUAUGUGACUGACUUCCGUCCGGUGCCGCUGUACGAGAGGGUCAACAUCGGGGACGUUGUAUAUGACGCCAAAACGAUGGCCGAAUACCGACGGCUCGACAUCAAAGACUACGAUAUCAAGAAGAGCGACGGCUCUGACGACACGAAUCUAUUGUUUCUGGCCAUCGAAACACUGGUCAGUGGUUUGGGUUCAGUGGUGUUCUGCGCGACGAAAGCCCAGUGCGAGAAACUGUGCCGAACUCUGGCCUCAAACAUCUGGGAGUUGGGCUCCGGGAAGAAAGUGGCCAACAAAUCGACCCAAGACUUCAGAAACAAACUCAAAACUGCCAUAGAUUUCAAUAAAAUUGAACAAUUGUUACAGCAGUUGCAGAAAUGUCCGGCCGGUGCCGAUCCGGGCGUUGUGGCCAACCUUCGGUUCGGUGUGGCCUACCAUCACGCGGGACUAUCCAUCGACGAGCGCUGUAUCAUUGAACAGGCCUUUCGCGACGGAGUGAUUAAGAUAUUGUGCGCCACUUCCACGCUGUCGGCCGGUGUCAACCUUCCGGCGCGACUCGUUAUCAUCAGAUCGCCGCUCGAUUUCAAGAACUCUAUGAUGGAUGUGAUGUCUUACAGACAAAUGAUUGGUAGGGCUGGCCGUCAAGGGGUCGACACAAUGGGUGAGAGUAUACUCAUGUGUUCGGAAAGUAAUCGCGCGAAAGGCGAAGAACUGCUCAAAUCAAGUCUGAGCCCAAUCUCCAGCUGUUUAAUGGGUAUUAAUCCCAUCGACGGUUCGCCCAUAUCUGACCAGUCGUUUGGCGGCAUUAAAAGAGCUAUUUUGGAGAUAAUCGCCAACGGAAUGGCCAACAAUUAUGAAGACGUCUCGCAGUACAUUCAGAAGUCAUUCUUGGCGUCAAUAUCGUCGAACGCCGUGACGGAGACCAUCAUAACAGACAUCAUCGCCUAUUUGGUGGACGAGAAACUGAUCCACAGUAUGACCGACACCGACAGUCAGGACCGGAAGAUAACGCCCACUCAGUUCGGGAAAGCAGUUCUGGCGUCGGGUGUAUCGCCAAAAGACGGCGCUUUCAUUCUCAACGAACUAAACAAAGCCAAAGUAUCGCUGUGUCUGUCCACUGAUCUGCACCUCCUCUACGAAGUGACACCCAUUACA